GGCUGAGGAGUCCGCGGCUGAGCCCCCUGGCAGCUAGCAGGCAGACGUCCGCAGCCGAGCCCCAGGGAAGCCAGGAGCCUCGGCCCGUCCCCAGCCAGCCUCUCUCCUUCAGGAUGGAACUCAUGAUGGGGGAGCCUAGGAUGAAUGGCUUGGUCCCCAGAGGCCCCCCAGAGCCCGAGCAGUCCCAGGCCGAGCUUGCCGGCUUCCUGCCCCGGCCUCCUCUAGGGAAACAGGCUGUGCAGUUCUCGGAUUUUGAGGGGAAGACAUCUCUGGGCAUGUCAAUGUUUAACCUCAGCAACGCCAUCAUGGGCAGCGGGAUCCUGGGGCUGGCUUACGCCAUGGCCAACACGGGCGUCCUGCUCUUUUUAGUCCUCCUGCUGUGCAUGGCCCUCCUCUCGGCCUACUCCAUCCACCUCCUGCUCACGUGUGCCGGCUUUGUUGGGAUCCGGGCCUACGAGGAGCUGGGUCGCCGAGCCUUUGGAAUAUCAGGGAAUGUGGCUGUGGCCGGAGUCAUCUGCCUGCACAACAUCGGGGCCAUGUCAAGUUACCUCUACAUCAUCAAAUCUGAGCUGCCCCUGGUCAUCGAGACCUUCCUGGACUCGAAGACCACGGACUCCAGCCCUUGGUUCUUGGACGGCAACGUUCUCAUCGUCCUGGUCAGCGUCGGCAUCGUCCUGCCCUUGGCCCUCAUGAGGCACCUGGGGUACCUGGGCUACACCAGCGGCCUCUCCCUCACCUGCAUGGUCUUCUUCCUUGCCUCUGUGAUCUACAAGAAGUUCUCCAUGGAGUGUCCCCUGACCAGUGGGAACUGGACCACAAGACCUGCCCAGGUCCUCAAUGACACUUGCGAGGUCCAUUUUUUCACCAUUAACUCCCAGACAGCUUACACCAUCCCCAUCCUGGCCUUUGCCUUCGUCUGCCACCCAGAAGUCCUCCCCAUUUACACAGAGCUGCGCAGGUCACGUGGAGGCAGAGAUGCUACAUAUGUACAGUCAGGACCUGCUGAUCCUCUGCGUGAGACUGGCGGUGCUCAUGGCGGUCACCCUCACCAUCCCGGUCGUCCUCUUCCCGAUCCGCCGAGCUAUCCAGCAGCUCCUGUUCCCGACCAAAGCCUUCAGCUGGACCCGGCACGGCACCAUUGCCCUUGGGCUGCUCGCCUUGGUCAAUGUUCUGGUCAUAUUCGUGCCCGACAUCCGGGACAUCUUUGGGGUCAUCGGAGCCACCUCGGCCCCCAGCCUCAUCUUUAUCCUCCCCAGCAUUUUCUACAUCCGAAUCAUCCCAAGGGACCGAGAGGCCUUGGCAUCUCGCCCCAAGCUCCAGGCCAUCGCCUUCAUGGCUCUGGGCGUCGUGAUCAUGGCCAUGAGCUUGGGCUUCAUCUUCACCGACUGGGCAGUGACCGGCCAGAGCAGGGGGGCGGGCCACUGAACCAGAGGCCCAGCUGGGGCUCCCCCACCUCAGCCACUGUGCGCUCCAACCGCCCCUGGCUGCACACGGAGAGUGUUUGUGUGUUUGGGCGGCGGGCUGGGGAGGGAGAGGGCUCCUGGGGCUCUGAACAAUCAGCCUGCCUUCCAGAGGAAGGGCCGGGCUGGGCUGGGCUCUCUCUCCCUAUGGGGAUCAAAGUCCCCCGGAGGAAGGGGAGCUCCGGCCUGGGGUCUGUGGGCCACCCACCAUGGGAAGGAGAUCAACUUGGCUUCACCUUUGAGAAAAUGCAAAGAAUAAAGAGAAUCUGGGGAGCUUGGCUCUCGGGUAAUUGUGUCUGAGUCCUCAGCCUGGGC